GCCUCUGAAAGUCGCAGUCGAGAGUGUUUCCGGAACACUACGCUCACCUCGCUGUUAUCAGCUUGCCUCUCACUUUGAAUCACUACCGUUCUUCUAAUUUGACUGGCGUGCAUACACACAUCAAGAACCUCCCACAUACGACACAGCGCUGCAAUAUUCAUUCUUGUAUCGCAGGCUGACACAAUGGACGUUCUGGACGAGAAGGCGAAUGGGGCGAUACAUAUGGAACCGGAGGAGAUUGUAUCAGUACGAGAUCAUGAGGCAUUUGCCGCCAAACAUAUGCCAGACCUUGGGCAUGAAGUGAAAGAUUUUAAGGUGUUCACCUGGCAACUAAACAACUGGAAGAAACUAGAGAAGAAGAUCACGAGUCCUGAGUUCGAAUGCGGCGGGCAUAAAUGGCGAAUUCUCCUCUUCCCUUUUGGUAACUCAAAUGCACCACCAAACGAUACGGUCUCUGUUUACCUCGACUAUGCUGAACCCAAGCGAGCGCCGGAAGGCUGGCAUGCCUGUGCUCAGUUUGCACUCGUCAUAUCGAACCCCCACGAUCCGACUAUCUAUACAGUUAGCCACGCACACCAUCGUUUCAUCGCGGAAGAGUGUGAUUGGGGUUUCACGCGCUUCAGUGAAUUGCGGAAGCUAUUCAGUGUCCAGGAUGGCCACUCUCGACCAACUAUAGAAGACGAAUCUGCAGAGGUUAGCGUGUUUGUUCGUGUACUCGAGGAUCCUACUGGCGUGCUAUGGCACAACUUCGUGAACUACGACUCCAAAAAGGAGACGGGAUAUGUCGGACUCAAAAACCAAGGCGCAACAUGUUAUAUGAAUUCACUCCUUCAGUCACUGUUUUGUACUCGAUAUUUCCGAAAGGCUGUAUAUCAAAUUCCCACGGAAGAUGAUCAUCCUACUGAGAGUGUACCAUUAGCUCUACAGCGCGUAUUCUACCAUCUUCAGACCUCAGACCAGCCUGUCGGUACUACGGAGUUGACGAAAUCGUUCGGCUGGAAAUCCUUGGAUGCAUUCCUGCAACAUGACGUGCAGGAGUUUAAUCGGGUCUUGCAAGACAAACUUGAGACGAAGAUGAAGGGAACGAAAGCUGAAGGUGCCAUUGCGAAACUUUUUGUCGGCAAGAUGAAGAGUUACAUCAGCUGUGUCAAUGUCGACUUCGAAUCAUCUCGCAUCGAGGAGUUCAAUGAUAUCCAGCUCAACGUGAAGGGCAUGAACAAUCUCUACGAAUCUUUCAAGGAUUACGUCGCUGUGGAGACAUUGGAAGGUGAGAACAAAUACAUGGCCGAAGGAUAUGGACUCCAAGACGCGAGGAAGGGCAUAAUAUUCCAAUCGUUCCCACCUGUGCUCCAUCUCCAACUCAAGCGGUUCGAAUAUGACAUGCAGCGAGACGCUAUGGUCAAAAUCAACGAUCGCCAUGAAUUUCCCUUUGAAAUCGACCUUGAUGAGUUCCUAGAUGAGAACGCUGACCGAUCACAGCCGUGGACAUAUAAGUUGCACGGCGUUCUCGUACAUUCCGGUGACUUGCACGGCGGUCACUACUUUGCUCUGAUCAAGCCUGACCGCGAGACACGUUGGCUCAAGUUCGAUGACGAUCGUGUGACACCAGUAACCGAUCGCGAGGUCUUGGAAGAGAACUACGGUGGAGAGGCCCUGAAUGGUCUGGUUUCUCCUGUACAGCGCAAUCAAGUGCGGUCGAUGAAGCGAUUCACGAAUGCUUACAUGCUAGUGUAUGUUCGUGAAUCCGCCAUUGACGAUGUGUUAGCGCCGUUCAAGGAGGAAGACACUCCUGCGCAUCUUAAGCGACGACUCGAUGAGGAACGUCUGCAAUUGGAGGCCAAGCGCAAGGAGAAGGAGGAACAGCAUCUAUAUCUUACCGCCAAGGUCAUUACCGAUGAUACCUUUGCACAUCACGAAGGCUUCGAUCUCGCACAAUUCGAUGAGCGAGCAUGGCCUACGUCUGACCUUCCUACCUUCCGUGUUCUCAAGAAUGAGACCUAUCAAACUUUCAAGUCUCGUGUUGCUCAACAUUUCAACUACCCUGAGAACCAAAUCCGCCUCUGGGUUCUUGUGAACCGACAGAACAAGACUGUGCGACCAGAUACUCACAUUCCGGAGAACGAGCCUGCGCUUACUGUCGAGGUGAUCAGGAACAACAUGGCAGUCAGGCAACAGAAUGACCUCCGUCUAUAUCUGGAUGUGAUCCCUGAUCCGAAUAAGCCUGAGGUACCUCCGGGGUCGAUCAUGAUUUUCUUGAAGCACUUCGACACGUCUAAGCAGACGUUGUAUGGUGUUGGCAAAGUCUACGUUGCCCGAGGUAGCAAGGUCGGAGAUUUGAUUCCUCUGAUUAAUGAGCGAAUGCGAUGGACACCGGGCACUCCCCUCAAGCUGUAUGAGGAAAUUAAACCGGGCAUGAUUGAACUCAUGAAGCCAAAGUUGACCUUCACGCAGAGCGAGAUUCAGGAUGGAGACAUAAUUUGUUUCCAGGUCGACAUCAGCGAGAAAGAGCUUCAUGAUCUCGAGAACCAGGGCUUGUACUCUAACCCUUCACAAUUCUACGACUUCUUGCAGAAUCGGGUUAUGAUAGUCUUCCGACCGAAAUUCGAGGAGGCGGAUCACGAGAACCCUGAGUUCAGUCUCGUCCUCAGCAAGAAGCAGAACUACGACAUUAUGUCUGCCAAAGUUGGUGAAUUCCUCAGACACGAUCCCAUCAAGCUGCGCUUCACGACAACACACCCAAAUAACGGUGCUCCUAAAUCAGUCCUCAAACGUUCCCUCAACCCAAGUAUAUCGGAAAUCGUCGCCCCUUCAUACGCCAGCACACAGUCCACUGUCAUUCUCUACGAGAAGCUUGAUGUCAGCAUCGUCGAACUCGAGACGAAACGAAGUCUCAAGGUGGUCUGGACGGGUAGCCAUAACAAGGAAGAGACGACACAUCCAUUUUUGCUACCAAAGACGAGCAUGAUUCAUGAUCUCACCGAUCACCUGGCCAAGCAGGUGAAACUUACGCCUGGUGGUACGGGUAAGAUUCGUGUGUUCGAGGUGUCCAAGGACGGCAAGACGCAGAAGGAGUUCACCGGUUCUGAGAUGAUCGGUAAUCUCCCGGAACCUGUUGAGCUUUAUGCUGAGGAGAUUCCUAGAGAGGAAUUAGAGGCCGAUGAUGCUGACAAGGUUAUCAGCGUGUUCCAUUUCUCGAGAGAAGUAUCGAGGACACACGGUGUUCCCUUCCGAUUCGUUGUCAAGCCUGGCGAGAAAUUCUCCGAGACAAAGAAGCGACUACAAGCUCGUAUAGGCGUCUCGGACAAGGACUUUGCCAAGUACCGUUUUGCCUUGAUCCAGGCCGCAACUUUCAAACAACCGUCAUACAUCGAGGAUGAUGAUACCAUUUACGAUCACAAGUUUGCCCCUGAAGAUGUGUUAGGUUUGGAUCACCUCGACAAGUCAGGGAAAACUCGGGUAGGUGCAGGUGAGAAGGCUAUUGUAAUUAGAGGGUAAAUCUCGCAAGGCAAGGAAGCCCUGUACCAUUCCUGUUCUCUUUUUUCCUAUCUCUUACUUUACUACAUGACGGAUGAAUGCAGUGGCGUAAUCAGUCCCUCCACCUGUCCUCACCUGCAUUCCACUUGACGCACCCCGCCUGAUAAAUCGGUGACGUACUGUGUUCUGUUAUGCCAUUGUACUUUGUAUCCAUUUGUUUGUUGUUAUGCUUCUCGAAUAGCUAGCUCUUAUUCUCUCGGACGAGCACUGUAGAUCGCUUCGGCAAACCCGUGACAUCAAUGAAAGAACUACUAC